UCCACACAUUUCAUAACAUAUGCUUCAAAUCUUUUACAAUAAGUGAGAAAUCAAAUUUUAUCAUCCAUGCUUGGAGAAAUCUGGCUAAGCCUAAGGUUUAUGGGGGAUUAGGCCUGCGAACGCUGAACGCUGAUCACCAUGAAUCGUGUCUGCUUGGCAAACAUUGGAUGGAACCUUAAAACCAAUCAUAAAUCCUUAUGGUGCGAGGUUUUACGAGAUUUCUCAGAGUACAAAAGGCAUGGGAAAUUCUAAGUGAUUCAAGCUCUCGGUUAUUUUAUGAUAAACAGCUGCAAUGUUCAAGGUGCAUGGGAUGUCUUGGCUGCCGAAGUUGCAUAAGAUUUAAGCUUAGAGGAUAUGACAGCCGAAGAUGCUGAUGAACCAUUAGAAUUAUUUUAUCAGUGCCGGUGUGGUGAUUACUUCUCUGUCGACUCGUUGUAAUUGCUAAAAAUGGGGUAUUCUUUUUUGAGAGAUGGAAUUCUAGCCACCUCCCUUGCCUCAUAUUCAGUUAUUUUAGAUUAAACAGAUACUUCAGACUCUUAUGAUCGUUGAACACCUCAAACCAAUGUUAUCAAGAUCGCGAUCCAGAUCGUGGAAUCGCACGAUUUUGCGAUCUUAAUCCACUCCACCGAUCUGGAUCGUAAGCAGGAUCGUAAGCACAGCGAAAUUAAUAGUUUUAAAAAUCUGAGAGUGAAUCCCGCAAAAUCCGAAAAAUAUAGGGCUUUUUACCCGGGUUAACUGCGACCCGGUUUACAACCCAUAUGUUAUAAAUAUGUAAAUACCUACUUUUUUUCCUUGCUCUGAAUCCAAACUCGAAGGUUUCUGCAAAUUCGGCGAUGACUUCAAGAUUCACAAAUUUUGCUGCCAGAGAAGAAAUGGCUGGUGGUAGUAAUAGUAGUAUGUCAGUUCCUGUGAGAAAUAAGAAAGUUGCAAAAAAUGCUGCUGGUCAAAGACAAGAUGUGGGAUGGCAACAUGGCACUCCCGUAAACGAUGGAUCAAGAAAGAUCAAGUGCAACUAUUGUCAUACUGAAUAUACCGGCGGUGUUUUUCGAUUUAAGCAUCAUUUAGCAGGGACAAAUAGUAAUGUUGAAUCCUGCAUAUCUGUUCCUGAUGAAGUUCGCAAAGAAAUGUGGACCAUUGUUCAUAAAUUGCAAACCAAACUCAUCAAGAAGAGAACUCUAAGUGAAGAUGUAGUAGAGGUUGAUGUGGAAGAUGGUAAAAGAAAAAAAGCUGAUUCUUCAAGUCUUGCAAAUAUUUUCAAGAGGGGGAUAACUUCUCAAUCAACUAUCAACGAUGCUUUUAAGAAAAAAGAAAAAGAGGAUACUGACCUACAAGUUGCAACUUAUUUUUACAACAAUGCUAUCUCCUUUAAUGUUGUAAAAGAUGAAGAAUUUAUAAAGAUGUGUGAAAUGAUUGCCCGGUAUGGUAAAGGAUAUAAACCACCAUCUUAUCAUGACAUUCGAGUUAAACAUUUAAAGACAAAAGUUGAGUCAAUAAAUAGCAUAUUGGUGGAGCAUAAAGCUGCUUGGAAAAAAUUUGGAUGUACAAUAAUGAGUGAUGGAUGGACGGAUCAAAAGAGGAGAACUAUAAUAAACUUUUUAGUCAAUAGUCCUAUGGGAACUUUCUUUUUAAAAUCAAUUGAUGCAUCUGGCAUUUCCAAGACAUCUGAUAAAGUUUUCAAAAUGUUGGAUGACAUCGUUGAGGAAGUGGGGGUAGAAAAUGUUGUUCAAAUUGUAACAGACAAUGCUGCAAACUACAAGUUGGCUGGACAAAUGUUGAUGGACAAGAGGAAUAUGCUUUAUUGGACACCUUGUGCAGCUCAUUGUAUUGAUCUAAUGUUAGAGGAUUUUGAGAGCAAGAUACCUAUGCAUAAGGAGAUUAUUGCUUCGGGUAAAAAGAUCACAACUUACAUUUAUGCUAGGACAGGUCUUAUAACUUUAUUGCAUCAUUAUACGGCAGGAGGUGAAUUGAUAAGACCUGGUGCCACUCGCUUUGCAACAUCAUAUUUAUGUUUGGGUUGCUUAAAUGAUAAGAAGGGAGAAUUGUAUAGGAUGUUCACUUCUAAGGAAUGGAAGGAUAGUAAAUUUGCCAAGACAAAAGAUGGGAAAUUGGUUGAAAAUAUAGUCACAAAUAGAGACUUUUGGAAGAAUUUGGUUAUUUGCCUUAAGGGUGCUUUUCCAUUACUUAAAGUCUUACGUAUGGUGGAUUCUGAUGAGAAGCCAGCCAUGGGCUAUAUCUAUGAAGCAAUGGAUCAGGCAAAAGAGCAAAUUCAAACUAGCUACAAUAAUAAGAAAAAAAGCUACCAACCUUUAUGGAAGAUUAUAGAUCACAGAUGGGACAAACAAUUGCAUAGGCCUUUGCAUGCUGCGGGUUACUAUCUUAAUCCAAUGUUGCAUUACAAACCUAAUUUCAAAGCAGAUAAUGAAGUUAAACAAGGGAUGUAUGCAUGUUUAAAAAGGAUGAUGGGAGGAGACAUGAAUAUGGUGAAUAAAAUUGAUGGUCAGCUUGAAGAUUUUAAGAGUAAAAAAGGGUUCUUUGGGAGUGAAAUAGCUCAACGUGGACUAGAAAACAAGACACCAACUCAAUGGUGGGAAUCUUACGGUGAUGAACACCCAGAGUUGCAAAACUUUGCUAUUCGUGUGUUAAGUUUGACCUGCAGUUCUUCUGGAUGUGAGAGAAACUGGAGUGCUUUUGAGAUGGUUCAUACGAAGAAAAGAAACCGGUUGAAACAAAAGACUAUGAAUGAUCUUGUGUAUGUGAUGGUAAAUACAAGAUUGACCAAGAAUAAGGCUGAAAGGAAAAAGCGAGAUCUAACAAUCGAUGAUUUCCAAGAUGAUGAUGAUUGGUGGUGUGUUGCUGAGGAAGAAAAUGCAGGUGGUAAUCAUGUAAAUGUGGCUGAUUUAGAUGAAGAUUUGAUGCAAAGUACUAGUGUUAAAUCAACUACACAUGUAGAUGAAUUUGAUGUCCCUGAAACUAUAGAAAGUGACAAUGAAGAAGAAAAUGCAGACGAAGGUGAUGGAGAUGAUGAUGAUGAUGAUGAUGAUGAUGAUGAUGAUGAUGAUGAUGAUGGUGGUGGUGGAGGAGAUGAUGAGAUUAGUGAAGAUGAAGAAGAUGACAUUAUGGGGGAUAAUCCAAAUUAUCGUCGUGUUUGUGAUUUGUACUAGCCUUUAUAAUUUUGAGUAUUUUAUUUUAUGAACUUUGUUAUUUUA